GGGACGGUGAUGGUCCGCCAUUUCGUGGACGCCGCGGGACCCGGAGCAUCUGUAGGAGCAGAGCCAGAGGGAAGCGGGUGGGCCUGUCGGAACGUUAGGAUUUGAGCUUGGGCCUUUUGAACCCAGGAUCUCGAAAUGCAUCGUGAUUCCUGUCCCUUGGACUGUAAGGUUUAUGUAGGUAAUCUUGGAAAUAAUGGCAACAAGACUGAAUUAGAACGGGCUUUUGGCUAUUAUGGACCACUCCGAAGUGUGUGGGUUGCUCGAAACCCUCCUGGCUUUGCCGUCGAAUUUGAGGAUCCCCGAGAUGCUGCUGAUGCUGUCCGCGAGCUAGAUGGAAGAACACUAUGUGGCUGCCGUGUAAGAGUGGAACUGUCGAAUGGUGAGAAGAGAAGUCGGAAUCGUGGCCCACCUCCUUCUUGGGGUCGUCGUCCUCGAGAUGAUUACCGCAGGAGGAGUCCUCCACCUCGGCGCAGAUCCCCAAGAAGGAGAAGCUUUUCCCGAAGCCGGAGCAGGUCACUUUCUAGAGAUAGGAGAAGAGAAAGGUCUCUGUCUCGUGAGAGAAAUCACAAGCCGUCUCGAUCCUUCUCUAGGUCUCGUAGCCGAUCUAGGUCAAAUGAAAGGAAAUAGAAGACCAGUUUGCAAAAGUGGUGUACAGGAAAUAACUUCAUCUGACAGGAGUAUGUACAGGAAAUUAAAAGUUUUGUUUGAGACUUCAUAAGCUUGGUGCAUUUUUAAGAUGUUUUAGCUGUUCAGAUUUGUUUUGUCUCUUGGAACAGUGACACAAAACAAUGUAAUUCUCUGUGGUUCCAGGUGGAUCAUAUGGGGCCUGUGACAUCAAGAAUUGUUACUUUACAAUGCUCCCUUAAGCAAGAUUGAAUUUUCUUUGAAUUUUAGUUUUUCAUAGACUGAAAUAAACCUAGAUCCUGCCCAGUUUUAAGUGUGAUGUACUAAUGAUAUUAAGCAACUGGUGGAAAUAUAAAGCUGUAGUCCUCUAGUAGCUGAGGCACAGUGUGCCUCUGUGUGGAAUGAUAAGCAGUGCUUAGAGCUGCCGUGAACAUAAGCCCAACAGACACAGGGUAGGAACCACACUCUGGGGGUUUGCAAAGUUGUUCCUUCCUGGUAGCUACAUGGGGAUACAGAGUGGUUGUACCGUCUUUAUUUGGAACUGUAAAACUAAGAUACCAGUGUCCUAUCAGUUUAAGGGUACAUUGUAGAGCUGAACUUUUCAGUUACUGUGCAAGUUUUUUUUUCAUGCUGUCAUUUGUAAUAUGUUUGUGAGAAUCCUUGGGAUUAAAGUUUUGGUUACAAA